AAGACUAACCGACAGAAGAAAGAACAGUUUGUCCCACCGGCGUUUUAUUUAGUCGCAGAAGGUCGUUCGUACCUGGGUAGUUUAUGACGCUACUAAAAACCAAAACAAGCCUAAAUAAUUUGACUUCGUUGCAAAUUUAUGGGACAAUGUGAGCAUUGCUGAACAUAUAGAGGAACGCGGCUGAACGUCGCGUGUGAUCGGGCUCGUUAUGAAACCUUGUUAGCUAACGUUAGCUUCCGUUAGCAGCUGACGGCUCUGAAAGCGGCAGGAGACGUUGCUGUUAAUCUGGCCAGCGGAGACUAAUCAUCUGGAAAGGCAUAGUUUAAGUAAUCUAAAGUUAUUUAAAACGUAGCGCUUUUGGAUUGAAAGCUUGAGUGUCACUGCUCGGUGUGGUUGGAGCAUAGCCAGCUGUUCAGACCAGGAUCCACCUUCCUAGAGCUGAGCGGCUGGUUUGAUGGCAGCCGCGGCCGGUGCCCGGAGGUUACCCAUGGGUGUGCGGACAUUCAGUGACUUUCUCCAGAUCGCCUCAGUGGGCAGCCCCCGCUCGUGUCGUCCUGUGUUGCAAAGAGGAUGUCAGCGACAAAACAUCAGACACUUGUCAUCAUGCGGCAUUUUAAUGACAAGAACACCCAGAGUGCUUUGCCUCCAAGACUGGGACACAAUGACAACUGUUCCCCAAAGUAGAAACUUCAUCAGUCUCACCAACAAAAGGAAGGAGUUCUCCGAGCGUAGGAUACUUGGCUUUUCUAUGCAGGAGAUGUAUGAUGUGGUGGCCAAUGUUGACGAUUACAAGAACUUUGUGCCGUGGUGUAAGAAGUCCCAGACCAUCAUGAAAAGAGCAGGCCACUCCAAAGCACAACUUGAAGUGGGAUUUCCUCCGGUGGUGGAGAGAUAUACGUCUAUGAUCACUAGUGUCCGGCCUCAUCUAGUCAAAGCGGUGUGUACUGAUGGAAAACUGUUCAAUCACCUGGAGACAAUAUGGCGCUUUAGUCCUGGCAUUCCUGGUUACCCUCGCACCUGCACCGUAGACUUUUCUAUAUCCUUUGAGUUCCGCUCUUUGCUGCACUCCCAGUUAGCCACCAUGUUCUUCGACGAGGUCGUACAGCAGAAUGUCGGCGCUUUUGAGCGACGAGCCAGUAAGCUCUACGGCCCAGAGACUCGUAUCCCGCGAGAGCUGAUGUUUCACGAGGUGCAUCAAACGUGAUCUCAGCAGCUGUUUGUCUUCAUCUGGCCUUAAACCACGCCAACCUAUAUUCCCCUUAUCCACACCGACCUGCAUGACGCUGCUUAGUCCAACGCCACAUGGUCAUCAUGGCUCCUGAACAUGUUAGACAUCCAGAUCUUUAAAGAAUUAUCAUGGAAAUUCCCACCACAACAAAGUGUUGCUUAUCUCCUCCUCCUUGAGUUCAGUCUGUCCACUUUUUGUCUACCUCCACUUAAAGGAUCGCUGUUUAGCAGAAGGAACCCACCAUUGCUCUUGCUCCAUGGCAGUUACAAGCUGUAUUUAUGUAAACUAAACAGUAAAUCAUUACCACAUCACGUUACCAAUGGUAGAGAGUCGACUAUUAUUUUAGACGAACAAAAUACUUUUAUUUUUAUAAAGGACACUUUUGCUCUCAACAGGGAUCAAGUCUUAUAGUUCACUGUGAUCUCAAGCUUACUCGCCACACACACGUUAUCAAAGGGUGACCAUUUUUUAAUCAACUUCUAAGCAGGACAGUGUAUUCUUUGCCUUUACUUUAACCAUUUACAUAUAUUUCAUUUUAAUAUAUUAUCCAUAUAGUAGAUAAUCUGGUGCAAAAAGAUUACUUAUUUCAUAAGUUUUUUUAAUAUUCAUCAGUGGCCAUAUGCCAAUUUUUACUGUUUUAUUGGGGUUUAAAGUAAACGUGCCAUGUUUGGGUCUUAGAUCGUUGUCACUGUAUGUUGUGACAAUAUCACUGAAGUGCAACAUUUCACAAAGGGAAAAAAGUAAUUUCUUCAUCAGUUAGCUGUGGGAAUAUUUGCUUUAUUUAACUUGACUGCUUUUGUGCUGUGAGAGUUGUGUUUUUGGACAUUGAGAUUUGGCCUGACAGUUUAAAUAAUACCUUAUUUUACAGCCCAUCACUAGUAAUAUUAUGUAAAGAUUAAAAAAAAAUAAUUUACAGAGACAGGGGGAAUGUAACUUUGUUCUUGGCUUGUAGGUACUGCGAAAUACUGUAAAAAUGUCACAGAUUAUUUAGGACAACUACAACUUUAUAUUUUUAUAAAUAUAUAGUUUUAAGAUGAAUGAUCUGCUUUAAAUUAAGGACAUUUUAGUGAUUAUCUGACUAGGUUACCGAUAAGGUUGUCACAAUACCAGCAUUUGAAACUUUAAUACAACACUAGCAUAUUAAAAAAAAAAAAAAGAUACUUGAUCCCUCUUUUGGUACCAGGGAGUACAGAAAUAAGAUUUACCAACACAGUUGAAAACCUGAUAUUUUUUUUUCUUUACUUUACAGCUUCUGUACUUUUUUAAACGUGGUAUUGUAAAGUAUCGAUACUUUUGACAACCUUAUUCACAGUCAAACUCCAGUCGAUGACUGCAGUGAUAUAAAUUGAUUGUAAUACAUGCUGUAAAAGUUUGUGCUUUUUGUAUUUUACAGAAUCUUCUGCAGGUCAUCAGCAGUAUGUUACUUUUCUGUCAUGUAAUUUGUCAUAAAAUAUAUCAGUGGGCUGUAGAAUAAAACAUUAUUUAUCAUUGUCUAUGAGUUUCAUGCUUAUCUUUUUGGAAAGUUUUAGGAUUUAUUUAAAUAUGUUAUGAUGCACGGAUGUAACUAACAAAGACUCAUAUAGUCGUAAAUAUAUGUAGUGUUGCAUUGUUUAUGCAUGACUACAUUUCGCUGGUAUUUAUGUUUCAUUUGUAAGCAGCCUGUUAUUCCAUGAUAAAGGGCUUCAUAAGUUCAUUGAUUGUAUUUGCCACAUUUUUAGAGGCGACUAUGUUCAAGUUAAAAAAGGUCAAUGGAAAAAGUCAGAGUGUGACCUUCCUUCUCAUAAUUGGCAGUUCAUUAUGUCCACAUGCUCCAAGCCUCAUGAUGGGGUAUUUUUAAAGCUGGAUUUGGCUUCAAAGUGGGUUUGGUUUAUUUUUCCUUUUGUAAGGAAAUUGUAAAUUAAUGCAUAAUUAAUCAUCACUGCAUGAAGUGAAACCGUUAUAAACUAUAAAUUACAUGCUACGUAAAAACAGAAGAAACAAAAAAAAAGUUUUAACAUAUUGAACCUAUGUAUUCAACUCAUUAAAAGCUUGUCAAAUGCCAUUUUGUGUGUUUUAAGAAUAAAAUGGAUGAAAUCUAUUUUAUACCAGAUUAGAUAUCUAUUCAGGUAUGGAGUACAUAUUGU